UAUAUAACUGAACGACCUCUCUUUCAUUGGCGCGCUUGCCAUGUCGUUUUGACACCUUCGCGUAUUCAUCGCGAAAUGAAGCCCCACACACGCAGUGGCUUCGACACUGCUAGACCAGUCACCUAUAUAAACUCUUCUCGCCGCCAUUCUCCGCCGGCGUGUCCUAUCGCGAGAACAUUUGUCGCCGGCGAACCAAUUUUCCGCCGAUCCUCCGCCGCAAAACAGCAGAAGCCGAAGGCAAUUCGUUCCGUCGUAAAUGAUGAGUUUUCAGCGGGAGAUAAUGGCCGGAUUAAGGGGCAUACAAGGAGGCAAGCUCUGCUCGCUUCGUCUCUGGCUCUCGGCGCGUGGUUUCUGCAAUCGGCGACGGCGAGUGGAGAGGACGCGCCGCCGCCGCCGCAGCAGCAGAAGGUGACGGAGGCGGUGCCGAGAGAUGAGGAGAAGGAGAAGAAGGAGGAUGCAAUAACUUCGAGGAUUUAUGAUGCGACGGUGAUUGGAGAGCCGAUGGCGAUUGGGAAGGACAAGGGGAAGGUGUGGGAGAAGGUGAUGAACGCUCGAAUUGUGUAUUUAGGGGAAGCGGAGCAGGUUCCGAUCGGCGACGACAAGGAUUUGGAGCUUGAGAUUGUGAAGAAUUUGAAGAAAAGGUGUGCGGAGAUUGAGCGGCCGAUGUCUUUGGCUUUGGAAGCGUUUCCUUCUGAUCUUCAGGACCAACUCAAUCAGUAUAUGGACAAAAGCAUAGACGGACAAACCUUGAAGGGUUACACAUCAUACUGGCCACCUCAACGCUGGCAGGAAUACGAGCCUCUUCUAAGUUAUUGCCGUGAUAAUGGAGUUCGACUUGUUGCUUGCGGUACUCCGCUCAAGGUUUUGAGGACCGUGCAAGCAGAAGGCGUUACUGGCCUUUCAAAGGCUGAUCGCAAAUUGUACACUCCUCCAGCGGGUUCGGGCUUUAUAUCAGGCUUUAGUGCUAUCUCGCGAAGAUCAUCUGUUGACAUGAAUUAUCCAAAUCAAUUUGUUCCUUUCAGUCCAAGUUCGUAUUUAUCUGCACAAGCAAGAGUAAUUGAGGAGUAUACCAUGUCCCAGAACAUCUUGCAAUCCUUGGAUGAUGGAGGUGCCAUGGGUUUGAUGGUCGUAGUGACAGGUGCUAGCCAUGUUACAUAUGGAUCCAGAGGGACUGGGGUGCCCGCCAGAAUCUCAAGAAAGAUACCAAAGAAAAAUCAAGUAGUUAUUUUACUUGAUCCUGAAAGACAACAAAUAAGAAGUGAGGGAGAAGUUCCAGUUGCUGAUUUUUUGUGGUACUCUGCGGCCAGACCCUGCAAUAGAAAUUGUUUUGACCGUGCUGAAAUUGCUCGAGUCAUGAAUGCAGCUGGCAGGAAGCGAGAUGCCCUUCCUCAGGACCUUCAAAAAGGACUGGAUCUUGGUUUGGUAUCACCGGAGGUAUUACAGAACUUUUUUGAUUUGGAGCAGUAUCCUCUUCUUUCAGAACUCACUCAUCGUUUCCAGGGUUUCAGGGAAAGAUUGCUGGCUGAUCCUAAAUUCUUGAAUAGAUUAGCUAUAGAAGAGGCUAUUUCAAUAACUACUACUCUCUUGGCACAGUAUGAGAGGCGAAAAGAAAAUUUCUUUCAAGAGCUUGAUUAUGUUAUUACAGAUACUGUAAGGGGAGUAGUUGUCGAUUUCUUUACAGUAUGGCUUCCUGCACCCACUCUAUCAUUCCUUUCAUCCACCAAUGAGAUAAAUGGCUCUGAUAGCGUGGAUGUCAUAUCAGGUCUCCUUGGAUCCAUUCCAGAUAAUGCGUUUCAAAAGAAUCCUGUGGGGAAGAACUGGAACUUCAAUCAUAGAAUUGCAUCAGUUCUUUUUGGUGGUGUGAAACUUGCUAGCGUUGGAUUUGUUUCCAGUAUUGGGGCUGUUGCUUCAUCAAAUGUUCUCUAUGCAGUUCGUAGAUUCCUUAAUCCAGCAGUUGUUAGUGAUCAAAAUAUUAGGAGAUCUCCGAUACUUAAGACAGCGCUGGUCUAUAGUUGCUUUCUUGGAAUAUCGGCAAAUCUUCGGUAUCAGUUUAUUGCUGGAAUUGUGGAGCAUCGCAUUUCUGAAGAAUUUGCAUCUCAGACAUUUUUUGUAAAUAUGCUUUCGUUUAUUGCUCGGACAAUCAACUCUUAUUGGGGAACUCAGCAAUGGAUUGAUCUUGCACGCUACACGGGACUGCAAACACGCAAGAGUGAAUCUCCCUCUUACCAAAGAUCAGAUUCUCCAAGUCAUGCUGCACUGGAGUGCAACAACAGUGAAGAAGCCAACAUAGAUGAAAUCAAAAACCAAUGAGGUGCUAACUCGGUUUUAUACUCAUACCCGAUUGUAUUUUUCUUCUUCAAAUCUUCCAGAAGAGAUAUGGAGAAAAAGAUAAAGAAGAAAAGAAAUUUUUUAUACAUUCUGUUCAAACUCGAUUUGUAUAACAUUCAAUGUCAUCCUUCCAAUUUUGAUUAAAAGAAAAGGGCAGGUUUUAAGAA